AUGUCGUACUACUUCAAGAAUCUCCAGCCCGGUGUGGAUGAAAGCAGCUCCGAAGACGAGCUGGAGCAGAUGCUGCACGGCAAACAGCGGGCGGACGAUGCCAGCUCAGAGGACGAUGAGUUGAGCUCUCUGACCUUCGGGUCGCUCAAGAAGGCAGAAGACGCCCUGCAGCGCGAGGAGGCGCACGAAGCAGUACACAACCGUGCGCGCGCCGAGGCGCGCCCCCGGGGGAGCGCUCGCAGCCGACAGGAGGCGUCGGACAGCGAAGAUUCCUCUGACUCGGAGGCAGGAUUCUUCGAGGAGGACGACCGGCGACGCGCCAGCGGCGCCAGGCGGCACAAGCAUGCACCCUCCGAGCAGUCGGCGAAGCGCCCGGUGAGCAAGGUACGGCAGAUCCCCGGCCUGGAGUCCGCGCGGCGCGAGGAGCCCCAGCCAGACAUCCGCUUUGACAAGUCGCUGGGCCGUGCUGAGGACCUGGCCAAGGUGCGCAGCAACUACAGGUUCCUCGACGACUACCGCCAGCAGGAGAUCAGCGAGCUCUCGGCGCUGCUCGCAGACAAGAAGUUUCUCAGAAAGGCAUCCGAGCGGGAGGUGCAGCAGCUGCAGCAGCGGCUCACCAGCAUGCGCUCGCGGCUGCAGACCGUCCAGAAUCGCGACACCGAGCGCCAAGUCCUACGCGACUACGAGCGCUCGAUCAACCAGGGCAACAAGACCAAGUUCCACCUCAAGAAGUCCGAGCAGAAGAAGGUGGUGCAGAAGUGGAAGUUCGACCACAUGAAGGCGCGCCAGCGCGACAAGGUCAUGGAGCGCAAGCGCAAGAAGCUGCGGGGCAAAGAGUUCCGCAGCUUCGAGUUCCACCGCAAGUAG